AUCGGUUUAACCAAAUUAUGCCUCGAGAUGGAAACCGCAUUAACUAUCUAUAAUUAGUUGAGCUCUAACACCUAAUCAUAACUACCCCAAGCUUAAAUACUCCAAUACUGAAAGUUGAUUAGUGGAUCAUUUACAUUCUUCCGGUGUGUUCUAUAGUGAGAGAUGGAGGUGUCACGUCGGAGUUGCGUAUUAUACAGUUUGAUAAUGGUGGUGGUUCUCGGCAAAACCGGAAAAAGUCAUUUGACCGAGAAUUUCUACGCGAAAACAUGUCCAAUGGUAGAAACAUUAGUUAAAAAGGAAGUGGACAAGAAGGUCAACCAGGAGUUUGCGGUUAUUGCAGACACUCUUCGUCUGUUUUUCCACGACUGCUUUGUUGAGGGAUGUGAUGCUUCCAUUAUGAUCGAAUCAAAGAAGGGAGAUACUGAGAAGAAUGCGUCAGAUAAUCUUUCGCUUGAUGAUGAUGGAAUCGAUUUAGUUAUAAAGGCUAAAAAGGCAGUUGAGUCAGUUUGUCCUGGUGUUGUUUCGUGUGCGGACAUUUUAGUCAUUGCCACUCGAGAUUGCGUGGCCCGGGCCGGAGGACCUCGGUACAAUGUGGAUUUAGGUCGGCGAGACGGACUUAUUUCAAAGGCAUCACGGGUCACUGGAAACAUCCCAAAACCAACCUUCAGUCUCAAUCAAAUUAAAAAAACAUUUGCAAUGAAAAACCUUUCUCAGUGUGACAUGAUCGCUCUAUCUGGGGCCCACACAGUCGGUGUUUCUCGGUGCAAAAGCUUUGCCAACCGUUUGUACUCACGGGUCGAUCCAUUACUGAAUCUAACCUAUGCAAAACAAUUGAUGGCCACUUGUCCUAAAAAUGCCAAUUCUACUAUCACUGUAGAUAUGGAUCCCAAUACUCCAAACAUUUUCGAUAAUGUUUAUUAUAAGAAUCUAAUGGCAGGCAAGGGUUUGUUUACAUCGGAUGUUGUUCUUUACUCCGAUUUAUCAUCUAGAAAAGUUGUUAAAAAGUUUGCUAAUAAUCAAGAUGAUUUUAAUGCGGCGUUUAUAAGUGCGAUGAGGAAACUUAGUAGGGUUGGAGUCAAAAUUGGUAAUCAAGGUGAAAUAAGAAGGGAUUGCACAACUUUUAAUUGACAAGAUUUUACCAAAUGUUCGUUUCAAGAUUUAUGAUGCAUUAAAGCCUCUUUAGUUUAGAUGGAAUGGAACAGCCAACAAAUGAAAUUGACAAGACUAUGGAAUAUAUUGUCAUGUUAUUGGGAUGUAAGAAUUAAAUGAAUUCUCAUAGGAAUUUUUUAUAUUAAAAAUGUAUAAUUUUUGUUUUACUCUAUAAAUUAUUUGAUGAUAAUGAA